CUGAAGUAUUGGAAACCACCUCCCGCUUCUGCUACCUUGGGAGUGUGAUGUCGACUGAUCAGCAGCUACACGUUGAGUUGCGUAAUCGCGUGUCGAAGGCGGCAGCGGCAUUCGGGAAGCUAGAGUACCGAGUGUGGAACAACCAUCAGCUUACCAUUGGCACGAAGCUGAUGGUGUACAAAUCCAUGGUACUGUCCGUUCUUCUAUACGGCAGUGAAACGUGGACGAUGUACCGGCGGGAUGUGCGAUAUCUCGAGCGGUUCCAUCAGCAGUGUCUGCGACGAAUUUUGCGGAUCGGUUGGGGCGCCAGAGUUGCAGACACGGAAGUGUUGCGCCGAAGUGGGAUGUAUGCAGUGGACUGCAUACUUUUACUGAGACACCUGAGAUGGCUCGGUCAUGUGAGCCGUAUGGAUUUGACGCGGAUACCGAAACAACUUUUAUACGGUCAGCUGAGUAUAGGGAAGCGGCACGUGGGGAAACCAAAGUUACGUUACCAGGACAUGAUUAAAGUGAGCCUCACACGUUCUAAUCUUGAUUGCAGAUCAUGGGAAUCGAAGGCGGUUGAUCGUGG